CCUGCCCGCCCCUCCUUCACCUCAGCCUCUGCUGAGCUGCCCACAAUGCCUCCCAUUCAGCCCUGUCCCCACUGCCAGGCCUGCAGGCGGGGAGGGGGCUCCUGCCAGCAUCCAGACAGGGACAGACGCAGCCUUUCCCUUGUGCUGCUGCUCUUCCAGGCUGGACUGCCCGUGAGACGGCAUGGAGGGUCCCCAAAGCAUCUCCUCGGUCCUGCUGCUUUUUCUGCUGCUGCCCCUGGGCCCAACUGGGCACACAGCUGCCCAGCGCUGCCCACAGACCUGCGUCUGUGACAACUCCAGGCGGCAUGUGGCCUGCCGGCACCAGAACCUCACUGAGGUGCCCAACGCCAUCCCUGAGCUGACCCAGCGGCUGGACCUCCAGGGCAACCUGCUGAAGGUGCUCGGCCCGGCCGCCUUCCAGGACCUGCCUUACCUGACGCACCUGGACCUGCGGCACUGCCAGGUGGAGCUGGUGGCCGAGGGUGCCUUCCGCGGCCUGGGCCGCCUGCUCUUCCUCAACCUGGCCUCCAACCGCCUGCGCCUGGGGCCCCGGCUGCAGAGCCUGCACCUGCAGAAGAACCAGCUGCAGGCCCUGCCCGCCCUGCCCGGGCUCAGCCAGCUGGAGCUGGUCGACCUCAGCGGCAAUCCCUUCCGCUGCGACUGCCAGCUGCUCCCACUUCACAGGUGGCUCACUGGGCUGAACCUGCGCGUGGGGGCCACCUGUGCCGCCCCUCCCAGUGCCCGCGGCCAGAGGGUGAAGGCUGCAGUUGCUGUCUUUGAAGCCUGCCCGAGCUGGGCUUCCAGGAAGGCCAAGCAGAUGCCCAGUGCCCGGAGAACCCGCGUGAAGGGAAGACAGCGGGGAGCAGACAAGGUUGGCAGGGGCGGGCAGGCCAGCAGUGCCUAUGCCCCCCUGCUUCUCGGCCACCAGCUGGACUCCACUCUGCGGCGGUCCGUCAGCCCCUGGGCACUGUGUUCACCAUCCUGA